CGCCUGUGCAGCGCCGGGAAAGGACAGCUCCGGUGCUGAUGUUGGAGCCGGCUAGCGAACCCGGAGAGCGCAGUGUGCAGCGUGGACCGAGCGGGCUGUGCACGCUUGACCAGGCGCGGGGGCCAGCGCCGUCCUAGCCGGAGAGAAAGGAAAUUUGCCCACACACAAUGAGACACGAAGCGCCCGUGCAGAUGGCUUCUACCCAAGAUGCCAGGUAUGGCCAGAAAGACUCCUCUGACCAGAACUUUGACUACAUGUUCAAGUUGCUCAUCAUUGGAAAUAGCAGUGUGGGGAAAACAUCUUUCCUGUUCCGCUACGCAGAUGACUCUUUUACAUCUGCAUUCGUCAGCACAGUUGGGAUUGAUUUCAAAGUAAAGACUGUAUUCAAAAAUGAAAAGAGAAUCAAGCUUCAGAUUUGGGACACAGCAGGCCAGGAAAGAUACAGGACCAUCACCACAGCUUAUUAUCGUGGGGCCAUGGGUUUCAUCUUAAUGUAUGACAUCACCAAUGAAGAAUCCUUCAAUGCAGUACAAGAUUGGUAAGUCAUAGCAAAUACUACCAUU